AUGUCUGAAAACCAAUUCCUACAAGAUGCGACGCUGGAUACGGUCAUCCCGCACGCUUCAGAUCUGAAUAUAGAAGAUGUGCUGGGGACUGUACAGGAGAGUUCUGGGGAUCCAGGAACAUAUCUUUCAAAAAUUCAACAACGUCAACUGCUGUUUUUCGACGAACACAUUACACUCUACCUAGUGCUUUGUCUAUCUGAUUUCCCAAAGGACAGUCUAGAGGCUUGCAUAUCAAACCUCAGUGUACGUUUUGAAGUCCUCGCCAUUGAUGAAGGAGGUUCGAGUGAGCCAGGAGAAGAGGAGCAGAGCUCGAAGGAUUUAAUAUAUUCCCAAACCGUGGAUAAGAAAGAUGAUCCAUUCGUCAUUGUUGAUGAAGCUGUCGGAGAUGGAGGGGAUGGAAACCAUGCAUAUGUGAUAUGGAAAUCAGAAGCAUUCCUCUACCGACCUCGAGUGCGCCUAAGGCAUCCAUCCGUUGUUUUUACGGCAUCUGCAAGCUAUAGCCCCCAAGGCUCACAGACCUCAGCCAGCAAUGACCAAUAUCUGCCUCGACUCACGCCAGCUUCUACAAAUAUAUUUCAACCCUUGACCGCUGCCGGAGAGGAUAUAGAUCCGUACCUUCCUGCCUCUCGGAUAUUACGGCUUGUCCCCUCUACCCAGCCCGAAGGGUCAAUGUAUAACAUCCAGCAGAGGUCGUAUCACCCCGUUCGCAUUAUCCCGGCUGCCAGUGCUAGGAUUAGAUAUUCCCGAUCGGCCGCAGUUUUGAAAAAGUUAUCAACAACUGCUAGCCUCGACUUUGAGGCAACUCCGUUUACCAGCUAUGAAGUUGUUUUGGAAGAGGCUAACUUAUCCCUAACUAAUGGAACAGUGGAACCCCUGGCUCAAGCAAUUGGCUUCUCACCCCCUAUCAGCUGUCCAGCACGGGAUGAUAUCUCAUUGGUCUAUAAACUCAUAUCCUCAGAAUUUGCCGAUGGCGCACCAGUGACAUCUAUGCUUGACAUCUCACUCAAAGUGACUGUGCUAGUCUCAGACGAAUGUUGCCCAAAGAUCUCGAUGCGCUGGAGGACAAGCGUUGACUUCUCCAGGCCUACAAACCAGUCCUUAGGAGGCGUUAGUAAUAUGUUGCGACGAAGUAUCAUAUCCCGUGGGAGCGACCAGUCCAUGCAAGAACCAACAAUGCCGCAGGUCACCUCUUUUACUCCUACGGACCAUGGAGUGAAGAUAUCAUUCUUCGGUCCUCCUAGCGUCGAGGUUGGCAAGCCAUUUGACUGGGAUGUUUUUAUUGUAAACACUUCCACGAAAGUGAGAAAAUUCGGGCUUUCUGCUGUCCCGUUUCGAAGACGCUCAGACGCGCGAACACAUGUUCCCCGGCCGUCAUCGUCUUCCUCCAUAAAGAGAGCAGAUGAAGUUGCAGAGGCUGUUGUUGACGAAAACAUUGUCUAUGCAAUGCAACAAAAUGCGGCCCCUCAUGAGACCGAUCUUCUUUGCCUCAGCACCGAUUCAAAAAUAGGGCCUCUCCACCCCGGUACAUGCCAUUCCACAAGACUAAGGCUCCUCCCGCUAUCCCCAGGGCUUCUACACUUGGAGGUUGUGAGACUCGUCGACCUGGCGUCAAACGAAACCAUGGAGAUCCGAGAUUUGCCUGACAUUGUAGCGUACGCAAAUGCCGAUAUUUAA